AUGGAAAAAUAUCUGGGAGUGCGGCAUGACCCUUUGUCCCAAAAACAAGAGCGAGCCAAUGUUGCUGAAACCAAUGCCUCAACAGCUCCUUUUGAUGCCUUUGAAAAAAGAGGAUUUAAAAGCCGAGUCAAAGGAAUUAAAGAAUAUAACCAAGUCUUUGACAAUGGCAAAGACAAAAUUAGAAACUUAAACCAAGUUAGCAAUCUAGAAAUAGACAGAUAUUACCGAGUUCCUGAGCCUGACCGCGGAUACCAACACUGCGAUAAGUGCGGAAAUGAAAUUGAAGUCGGAGAAAACUUUUAUACUGUUUCUAUCGGCGAGGGGGAAACUAUUUGA